UGACAGUAGAGCCAAACCAUUUAUCGUUUGGUGGGUGAACAUCGCGUUGCAAAAUUGGCCGUUUUGUAGUUUUUGCUACACGUUUUGAUUUAUUUAUUAUUUAGGUAUGAUAAAACCAAGAUUAUAAUUUCAUUAAUAUAAGCAAUACUUAAAUGAUUGUGUGAUUAUAUCAACUUACAAAACUCAAAUCUUGGAACUCCCCUGUUAAACUAUAGUUCACGUGUCAGCCUGGAAUAUGAUGACACUUCUACCGGCAUUUUUUCCAUACAGCGAAAAGACAACGAAACUUGUCUAAGUAGCGUUAAAAUGGAGAGUGUUAUAUAGGUUGUCUUAACUUUUUCAUCGUAAAGCGAUUAGAUUAAGUGAAUUAUUGUGAAGGACGAACGACUGGAGAAUAAUAAUAAUGUAUCCCGCCCGGCGCUGUUCAUCACUGUUUCACCGAGACCUGGCCGCAGUCUGUCUGUCAUCAUUGGGGACACAUCCGAAAAAAUCUGCUCAGCCAAAGAAAAACAGCCUUCAGAGUUCACGACACCGGUCAAACUCAUCGCCUCUGCUUCUCCGUCGUUUACAAGUGUGUCAGAUGGGCAGCAACAGCAGCAGUAGACUCUUCAGUACUCUGGCCCAGACUCUGAGCAGCGCUGCAUUGACAGACCCACAUGUGGAUGCUGAUGACUAUGAGUAUGAGCAGGCCGAUCCAGACGUGCUGCUGCGUGAGUGCGGAGAGGUUUUGAGGAAUCGACCGCCUCGACUGCACCGGGAGUUCAUCAUGACCAGAGCCUGUUCACUUCAGAAUUCACCCCUCCGCAUCAUGCAGUGGAAUAUUCUAGCUCAAGCUCUUGGCGAAGGCAAAGAUGGUUUUGUGCGCUGUCCAAUGGAGGCGUUGAACUGGUCGGAGCGCAAGUAUCUCAUCCUAGAAGAGAUCCUCACCUACAGGCCAGACGUGGUGUGUCUGCAAGAGGUGGACCAUUACUUCGACACGUUCCAGCCUGUGCUCUCUAGCCUGGGUUACCAGAGCAGCUUCUGCCCCAAACCCUGCUCCCCCUGCCUGGACGUCCACAAUAACAACGGCCCGGACGGCUGCGCUCUGUUCUUCAACCGCCGCCGCUUCCAGAUGCUCCACACGGCGCAUCUCAGACUCUCCGCCAUGAUGCUCAAAACCAACCAAGUAGCCGUCGUCGCUACGCUUCGAUGUAAGCUCACAGGACGAGUUUUCUGUGUCGCCGUAACGCAUCUCAAAGCACGAAGCGGAUGGGAAGCAUUUCGUAGUGCGCAAGGAGCAAAUCUCCUCCAGCAGCUUCACGAAAUAACCUCCCAAUCAAACCCAGAGAUGCAUCAGGACGACCAAACAGAGGGUAUUCCUUUGAUAGUGUGUGGGGAUUUUAAUGCAGAGCCCAACGAGGAAGUGUAUCGGCAUUUUAGGAGUUCUUCAUUAGGGCUAGACAGCGUUUAUAAAUGUCUAAGUGACGACAGGACCACUGAGCCGCCUUAUACAAGCUGGAAAAUCCGGCCUAGUGGAGAGUGCUGCUCCACGCUGGACUAUAUUUGGUAUUCGGAGAAAGCCUUCGAGGUGGAUGCUGUGCUGAGGAUACCGAGUGAAGAGCAGAUCGGCCCGGACCGGCUUCCUUCAUUUCAUUAUCCGUCAGAUCAUCUGUCUCUGGUGUGUGACCUCAGCUUCAGUCAGCAGCCUCAUAGGCUCAUGUAGCUGUCAAUCAUUCAUGCAGACGUUAUUAGAGCUUGUGUGUGUGUGUGCGUGUGUGUUUGUCUGAAUGUGAGAAUGCAUUAGUUGUAUUAUAGCGCAGAAUGUAACUUAUUCACAUACACCUUAUAGGUAUGGAGGACGAAACUUGCAAAAACAAUAAAUAAAUAAGCAAAUAAAUAAAUACACAAAUUCCUGCAUAAGACAAUAAAUAAAUAAUUAAAUAAAUAAAUUUAAAAUAUGCACAUAAAAACCAAUAAAUUCACAAAUAAAUGAAUAAA